AUGGCUCUCUCAUUCAAAAACCUCGUGAGCUCCGUGCUAGGCUCCGGAACUGCCAAUGACGACAAGCCACCAUCAGCAUCGGAGCUGUUCGUAAAGACGGACCCAAAGGUAGAUGGUGAGGAGUGUCUGCACGAUUGUGACAACUGCUCGGCCCGGUAUCCAAGGGGCUUCAAGAUUGAGGAGGAGGAUGUGCUGUAUGGUCUCGUUGCAGCUUGGAGUACGCAUGUUCUUGUCGGGACAGGGAAAACGGAUUGGGUGAGGGAUGUGGAAGAAGAAGAGGGCAGCGUCAUGCAAGCUUUUUCCAAAGCAGUUGAGCCUUCUAAUGGAAAACUCAAGCUGUCGGCAUCUAAUAUGCCCACUCCUCAUGAUACAGAUGACUACUCUGAACCCACAACACUUCUACUCUUACCAGCAUUCAAACUUCUUCGCAAUGUCCAUCCUCUCAGCGUGCCUCAAAUAAUUACAGACGUCAUCAACCAAGCACCCACCAGCACCUCUCCUCUUACACCGGCAUCUCUUCCCGCUUCUCUGCCGUCUCCGGAUCCAGCUGCUGGCAUUCCUGAUGUUUCUCUGGCCAACUGCCCUCACAACGCUGUUAUCCUCAUGUGCAGUCACCGAACACGUGACGUUCGCUGUGCGCAGAGUGCUCCUGUUUUGAGGAAGGAAUUCGAGCGCCAGCUGAGACCGCUGGGUCUGUAUCGGGAUCUACACGAUGAGAGACCCGGUGGAGUGGGUAUCUACUACAUCAGCCAUGUGGGAGGACACAAGUACUCUGCUAAUGUAAUGAUCUACCGACGGCCCAAUGCGUUUGGGUUGGAUGAUACGGCUGAGCAGCAGAACGGUACGAGUAAUGGCGAGAAGAACGGCGGCAGUGUCAAUGGUUCAGGAGAGGAUAGCGUUGGUGCAGCGCAGGGCAUCUGGCUUGCUCGUGUCAUGCCCGAAGACUGUGAGAAUCUGAUCCGAUAUACUGUGCUCAGAGGCAAGGUCGUCAAGCCUGAACGUCAGCUACGAGGCGGAUUUGAUCGCGGUAGGGGUGUCAUGAGUUGGUGA